CUCUGACGUUGAUGAAUAUGAAUUCGUCUGUUAUUGAUUGCUUUUCAUGUGUCGUACACAUAAAGUCAAUUGACCAUGCAUCACAUGAAUAAUUUAGCUUAACUGAAGCGCGUAAGGCCUUUUCUACUUCUCUGCUCAAACAUUGGAUUAAAUUUCUCUCACCUUCUCUGUUCGAUCGUAUGGCAACCUCUCUCUUCAACCUCCCAGACGAGCUCGUUUUCACGGCUCUGUCGCAAUCGUUUCAAUGCAGAGACGCUCAGAUCAGAGCACUAGCUACUUUAUUAUAUCCCAAUGCCGCCCCUUGUCGCAAUGUCGUUGUUCAUGGCGCUCAAUCUACAGGCAAGAGUGUAGUCACUGAAGCUCUCCUGGAGCGCAUGGUCGAGGACGGAGCUGAAUUGAGCUACGCCGUUGUCAAUUCUGUAGAGUGUAUCACAGGUCGUCACCUCCUCGAAACAACCAUCAACAAAGUUGCCGAGUCUUUGCACCGCGAAGAUGUUGCUCGACGCUGCGAGAAUCUCUCGCAGUUUUCGGUUGAGCUUGCCAGGAUGAUCACAAGCUAUGCACGGGAGACUGAGAGGCCCGCUUCUUGGAGGUUCGUCCUGGUAUUCGACGCCAUUGACCGCCAGCGUGAUUCGCCCCCGACGCUUCUACCCGCCUUGGCUCGUCUUUCCGAGAUAAUACCGAACCUAACUAUCGUUUUCAUAAUGACUUGCCCUCCGGCAGGAACAUUCCGAACCUCUGCCAUACCACAUGUACACUUCCCAAAUUACUCCCGGAACGAGUUCAUCGAGAUAAUAUCAGCAAGUUCCCCACCUCCCAUACCCGGGCUGGCUACAGACGCAGCACUCGACUUAUGGUCUCGAUUUGUUGGUCCCGUAUACGACUCCCUAGGCAAAGCCGCGGCCCGAACCCUGCCCGCACUGCGGCAAGCAUGCAUUACCCUCUGGCCACGUUUUACAGCUCCGAUACUAGCAGGAACCCAUGGGCCUCGUGAACUUACCCGCCUGCUCGUCGCAGCCCGGACAUAUCUGCAAGACGAGCGCCUCCUUGCGCCGGGUAUCAUCACCGCUCAAGCGCCCUCUGCAAUCAGGAGCACGGCAGCUACAGACCCUCAGCAGACGACCGAGCUCUCCGCACUACUCCCGACCACCGCUCGCCUCCUACUGGUAGCGGCCUACAUGGCCUCACACAACGCCACAAAGCACGACCUGGUGCUCUUCUCCACCCACUAUCAUGGCCGCCGCCGACGGCGUGGUGGACUCUCUGGCGGGACCGGCGGAAGGCCCAACAAGCACCGCAAAAUCGCCCGGCGGCUGCUCGGGGCCCAUGCUUUUGUGUUUGAGCGCAUGCUGUCCAUCUACAUAGCCCUGCGUAAAGAAUGGGAGGCCGACUGGGACAGGGAAACCGGCCGUGCUAUCAGCGGGGCUACCCUGGCCGGCGACGUAGCCAUGGCUGUCGCCACUUUAUCGAGCUUGCGUCUUCUCGUGCGAGUAGGCGGCGGCGGAGAUCCUACCGACCGUAGUGGUAGGUGGAGGGUGAACGUGGGUUGGGAUGUCAUAAGACCAUUGGGACGGAGUAUGGGGGUUGAGGUGGAAGACUGGUUGAUAGACUAGGUCUUGAAAUAAUGGAAGGGGUGGGAAUAUUUAGUAGGUCAUGAGAAGAUAGAGUUUUACUGAACGCAAACCAAACAAGCAUCCAACCGAAGGAAAAUACAGCCCAGUUGCAACGGUGGCUACGUGGACCCUACGCAAGAAAUCAAGUCUACAAUAUACAUAUUGUAACUAUGGACAGGCGAAUCAUUGAGGGAUAGCUGGCCAGGGGAUACAUAAUGAAAUAAAGAAACAAAUGAAAUGUAGGCAG